UGCAUAGACUUUGAUGUUUGCAUGAAUGAAAAACUCCGAGCGCCGAUCAAAUAUUCUCUGUUAGAUUAUAUUUUUUGAAAAGGAAGAUAAAUGCCCCCUAAAAAGAAGAGACCAGAAGAAAAUUCCCCGGAGCCAGAAUGCAAGAAAACACGCGUUGAAAUCGAAACAGAACAAGAAGAAGAACAGCGCGAAGAUGAAACACAAACGAAAAGCGCGAACAAUGGAGAAGAAAACUCUGUCUCAAAAGAGAUCUCCAACGACGAUCCAGGGAAGAAACGGUUGAAUGCAUCAGAAGAGUGUGGAACACUUUUGAUCUGUGGCAACACAAACUGGGAUCUUGCAGGCCGCAAAGAGAUGCCAAAAUCAGCAAAGAAUGGCGGAGGACCCAUCCUAUGGGAGCCACAUUUGAUUUCAUCUCUUGAUGGCAUUAGAAUCAGACACAUUGCCUCUGGUCCUUCAGCUUGUCACAGUAUUAUUAUCACAGAGAGUGGGACAGCUAUGAGCUUUGGGAGGAAUGAUAAAGGCCAGUUGGGACAUGGAAAUACUGAACGCUGCGACAAGCCGACAGUCAUAGAGAGACUCAAGUACUACAAGAUAGUCCAAGCAAGCUGUGGGAAAAGCCAUUCUCUUGUUCUAACGGAUGAUGGUCGUGUUUUUGGGUUUGGUGAAAACAAACUUGCUCAGCUUGGCCAGGGUCACCAGAAAGCGGUGUUGCCACAUCCAAUGCAAGUUAUGCAUCCAAACAAUAAAUCUAUCGUCAAAGUUUUUUGUGGAGCAGAAUUCAGCAUGCUGUUGGAUGAAGAAAAGAAUGUGUAUUCAUUUGGCAGCCCAGAGCAUGGCCAACUGGGUCACAACACAGAUGGCCAGUACAUUGUGUCUUCAAACAAGCUUGGCUACCAAUGCGAAGUGCUGCCGAGAAAAAUCAAUGUGUUUGUGGAGCGCAGCAAAGAUGGCUUUGUAAACGUUAUUGAGAAUGUCAAGGUUGAAGAUUUAGUUUGUGGCAAUCAUCAUUCGAUGGUUUUUGAUGAUCAAGGACGUGUUUUCACAUGGGGUUUUGGUGGAUAUGGACGACUAGGCCAUCAGCAGCCAAAAGAUGAACAUUUGCCCAGACUACUCACAUACUUUGUCAAUAGAGCCACUCCAACCAGUAUCUUUGCUGGUUCAACAUACAGCAUGGCUAUAUGCCAAGGUCAGUUGUACUUCUGGGGUCAAACCAAGCUUUCCGGUGAAGCUUCGAUGUAUCCAAAACCUGUCCAGGAUCUGUGUGGAUGGAAAGUACGCAGUGUUGGCUGCUCUAAAACAAGUAUUGUAGUUGCUGCUGAUGAGAGUGUUGUUAGUUGGGGGCCAAGUCCUACUAAUGGAGAACUGGGCUAUGGGCUGAAGAAAGGAGGCUUCAAAUCAUCAACAAACCCAAAGAUCGUAGAACCCCUAGAUGGUAUAUACAUUCAUACUGUAACAUGUGGAUUGGGACAUACCCUAUUUAUUGCCAGAGAUGACUCACCUGAAGACAAAGAAGAUAUUAAGAAACUCCCAGUCUACGAGCCCGGUGGACCCUAACCAUUCAAAACCAGGAGGGGAGGGGAGGGAGGGGUGUGGAAACACAUCCUAGUAUACCACARAGAUCCGUCUGCUCCACUACCCUGACGAGACAGACUUGAUCUAAAGGAACAUAUCGUCGCUUUGUUGUUGCAGUAUUUUGGGUAUAGUCUUGGCUCUGUUUGCAUCGCAUUGCAAAAAAUUCCGCGGUGGCUGUUCUCCGUUGUGCGGUAACCGUUACUCACCCUACCUGUAGAACAGGAUUUGAAAUUUUCACAUGGCGAAUUAAUCAGUCAGAAAGAGAGACAGAGAGAUAGUAAGGCAGAGACAGUGUGUGUGUGUGUGUGAGAGAGAGAGAGAGAAAGAGAGCAGAGAAGAAUAUGAAAUAGAAAUAUUUAGAAGAAUAAAAAGCUAUCUAUUGACCAUCUAUUAUUGUCCAUAUCUAAGUUAUCGGUUUUCGCUUAUUCUGGCAAAAAAAAAARAGAGAGAGAGAGAGAGAAGAUAAUUCGAGUUUAGACAAGAAUUUUCCACGCUGCUUGAUGUCUUUCAUUUAUCUGUCUGUAAUCUUUUCUGUAUGUGUGCUAUUGAAUUAUUAGUUGUGAAUUAACUGUCGUGGAUACAAUGUGCUGUCAGCGUACAGUAAGUAAUAUUCUAUUUCGUAUCAGUUAAACAGAAUUGACAGUUUUCCAAUUUAACUUGCUCGUAUCUUUCAUUUCUAUUGCUGCCAAAUACAAUUAGAUUCUUUUCUUGAGAUGGGUACUUCCGUUUCCUUGUUCUUCAUUCUAACCGGAAACGCAUUGUAGACCGGAAACUGGAGGCACUUUUGGUUCUGUUUUCGGUUGACCUUAAGUUUAGUAGAAAGCCUUUUGAAAGUUAUUAAAAAUAUCAAACGCA